AUCCAGGUGUCAAGCAUGGAGCUAGUGCAGGAGAUCCAUCAGCUGCUGAUGGAUCGUGAGGACACAUGCCAUCGGACGUGCUUUUCGUUGCAGCUUGAUAGUCGCACGCUGGAUAACUUUGCUGAGUUGAAGAACAUUGAAGGGCUGCAGGAAGGCUCGGUGAUUCGAGUGGUUGAGGAACCGUACACAAUGCGUGAGGCGCGCAUUCACGUUCGCCACGUGCGUGAUUUACUGAAGUCGAUGGAUCCGGCCGAUGCGUACAACGGCGUGGACUGCAGUUCGCUCACCUUCCUACAUACGAUCACGUUGGGUGACAUUAUGGAGAAGAAGAAAACGCGCCAGGAAAGUGUCGAUUGCACGCCACCUGACUUCAUAAUGCCCGGAGCGAAGGAACGACCUCUGUUGCCGCUGCAACCCGGCACUGGACGAAAAGGUACGCCCCAGCCGCUGAAGGUGUUGACGACGUCCGCGUGGAAUCCUCCUCCCGGUCCUCGUAAGCUACACGGGGACCUGAUGUAUUUGUACGUGGUCACGAUGGAGGACAAGAGGCUGCACAUUUCCGCCUGUUCGCGCGGUUUCUACGUUAACCAGUCAACGGACGACACGUUCAACCCACAGCCGGCCAACCCGAGUUAUCUCUCGCAUUCGCUGAUCGAUCUGCUGUCGCAAAUCUCGGCCACGUUCCGGCGCUGCUUCACGCAGAUGCAAAAGAAACGCACCCAGCGGCAUCCGUUCGAGCGUGUUGCGACGCCGUAUCAGGUGUACACGUGGUCGGCACCAGCCCUGGAGCAUACAAUCGAUGCAAUUCGUGCGGAGGACACGUUUUCGUCCAAGCUCGGUUACGAAGAGCACAUCCCGGGACAGACGCGCGAUUGGAAUGAAGAACUGCAGACGACUCGGGAGUUGCCGAGAGCCACCCUGCCCGAACGGUUGUUGCGGGAGCGAGCCAUCUUCAAGGUGCACAGCGAUUUCGUGACGGCGGCCACACGAGGCGCCAUGGCUGUGAUCGACGGCAACGUAAUGCCGAUCAACCCGGGCGAGGACGCCAAAACGCAGAUGUUCAUCUGGAACAAUAUUUUCUUCUCGCUCGGGUUUGAUGUCCGGGACCACUAUAAGGAGCUGGGAGGGGAUGCGGCUGCCUUCGUGGCACCACGCAACGAUCUGCACGGUGUGCGCGUUUAUAGCGCCGUGGAUGUGGAGGGCCUCUACACGCUCGGUACGGUUGUGAUCGAUUACCGUGGGUACCGCGUCACGGCACAGUCCAUUAUCCCGGGCAUCCUGGAGCGGGAACAGGACCAAUCCGUUGUGUACGGGUCGAUCGAUUUCGGCAAGACGGUGCUGUCGCACCCGAAGUAUCUCGAGCUGCUGAAUGCUGCCGGGAAGCACCUUAAGAUCCUGCCUCAUAGCGUGUACAACGAUAAACAGGAAGCGGUCGAGCUGUGCUCGUCAGUCGAAUGCAAAGGUAUCAUCGGCAACGACGGGCGACACUACAUUCUUGACCUACUGCGUACGUUCCCGCCGGACGUUAACUUCCUCGUGCUGCCAGCGGAGGAGGAAGCGGUCAGCAAGGAUAGCCAAGCGAUGGGCUUCCCGGUCGAGCACCGGCAUAAGCUGUGCUGUCUGCGUCAGGAACUGCUCGAGGCGUUUGCGGAGAAUCGCUAUGUGAUGUUCAUGAAGCACGCGGCCGUGCAGCUACAGCAGUGUGUGAAGAAGAAGCAGGAACAAAAGGCAGCCGCGGCGAUGAUGAAAACAUCCACGGAGGAUACGAAAUCCUCACCCGCCAUUGAAGGUGUCGCGGAGGAAGAAAAGACGGAUGCCAAGGAUGUCAAGGAUGUCAAAGCAGAUGCCAAGGAAGUGGCACGUUCCAUCCCAAAGGCGGAUAAUGCAGCGGAAACGAAGAAGCUAGUCGAGUCGCUUAUUUCAAUCGAUCAGAAGAACGAAAGCAAGGAAGUAGUAAAGCGAGCCUGCGAAGCGGUUGGUUCGCUGAAGGAGUACGAGUUCGACAUUCGCUUCAAUCCGGACGUGUACUCUCCGGGCAUUCGGCACGUGGACGAUGAGUCGGCAGGUGCGUGUUCGUUGCGCCGUCAGAAGCAGCUCGUGAAGGAUGCGGCCGAGUUCCUGCUGAAGCACCAGAUUCCGACUUUCGUGCAUGAGUGUCUGGAUCAUUCAUCGGCCCCAAUGGACGGUGUGACGUUGACCGAGCUGCUGCACAACCGUGGCAUCAACGUUCGUUACUUGGGCAAGGUGGUGGAACAUUUGGCGAAGAUCAAGCAACUGGAAUACCUGCACGCAAUCGCCGUGUCGGAGCUGAUCGUUCGUGCUGCGAAGCACAUUUUUACCGCCUACUUGCAGCACACGGACGUGAUGAGCAUGGCGGCGGCUAUCAGCCACUUUUUGAAUUGCUUCCUAACUGUUUCCACCGGAGGUUACACGCCUGUUGGCAAUGGGGAAGGUAGUGAAACUGACGGUCAGCUGACGGAUGAGUUCGGACCAAAAUCGUCUUCUUCUGGAGGUAAAAAGCAAAGCAAACAGAGCAAACGUGGUGGUAAGGGUGGUUCCGGUCGUAAGGCCACUUUUACUGCUCCGUUGACCGAUAACAACGAGUGGCAAUCGUUGACUUCGAAGGCGCUAUGGGUGCAGAUUCGGCAGGAACUAAAAUCGUACUGGGACUUUGAAUUGGUGGUGGAACCUUCAAAGGAAGGUAAGCCAGCAGCACCUGUCGAAUCGAUCGAACCGCUCAUCGUGGCGUUCAAGCUACAGAAGAUCAGUUUGCUGCGGGCGUUCUGCUUGAAGACCGGCGUGCAGAUUUUGCUGCAGGAGUACGCGUUUGAUCAGCGAAACCGGCCAGCGUUCUCCGACGCGGACAUCGUAAACGUGUUCCCGGUAGUGAAGCACAUCAACCCACGUGCCUCGGACGCGUACAACUUCUACACAACCGGACAGACGAAGAUCCAGCACGGCUACCUACAAGAGGGUUACGGGUUGAUCAGUGAGGCGCUCAACCUCCUCAACAACGUGUACGGAGCAAUGCACCCGGAAAAUGCUCAGUGUUUGCGUAUGCUCGCUCGCCUUAGUUACAUUAUGGGAGAUCCCCAAGAAGCCCUUGCCAUCCAGCAGCGUGCCGUGUUGAUGAGCGAACGUGUGAAUGGCAUCGACCAUCCGUACACCAUUUCAGAAUAUGCUCACCUUGCAUUGUACUGUUUUGCAAAUAGUCAAAUUAGCACCGCCCUAAAGCUGUUGUACCGCGCCCGGUAUUUGGCCACGAUCGUGUGCGGUGAGAAUCAUCCCGACAUCGCGUUGAUGGACAGCAACAUCAGCCUGAUCCUUCACGCGGUCGGUGAGUACGAGCUGUCACUGCGUUUCCUCGAGCAUGCGCUUGCAUUGAACAUUCGGUACUACGGAGAAAAGUCCUUAAAGGUAGCUGUCAGCUAUCAUCUGGUGGCGCGAACGCAAAGCUGCAUGGGCGACUUCCGUUCUGCGUUGGUCAACGAGAAGGAGACGUAUGCAAUUUACAAGCAGCAGCUCGGCGAAACGCACGAAAAGACACAGGAAUCAUCCGAAUGCCUUCGCCAUCUGACACAACAAGCGGUCGUAUUACAAAAGAAGAUGAACUACGCCAACGGCAAGUUGCUCAGCACCGGUCUUCCGCCGAUCCACAUUCAACCACCUUCGAUGGGUUCGGUAUUAGAUAUGCUGAAUGCGAUCAAUGGUAUCAUAUUUGUACAAAUUAGUUCCAAAGAAAUUGCCAAUUUCAAGAACGAAAUCGAAAAACGCCAGAAAGAAACCGGCCAAAGCCAGGGACAACAAUCGUCCACGACGAUGCCAGUGCAAGCAAAUCAGGAGGAAGUCGAUCGUAUGUUGAUGGAAACGAUGCAGAAAACGGCCGCUGGUAUUCCGUUCGAGGAACAGGAUGACGAGAAGAAACCCCUUGGCGUAGAGCAAUUAGAGACGGCAAAACCCAUAGAGGCGCUGUCGAGCUGAAAACAUCAAGGCUCGAUGGCGCUAGCUGCAGUUGCGAUAUGCCUUGGGUCCUGAAUUAAAGCGAAGUUCGUUGUUUUUUUAUAUAAUUUUCAGAAAUGUGAAAACACCACUAACGUGUGACACAUACAAUCACAUACGCACAGUCACACACAUACACAAUUUGCGUCAAUUGCCCAAGGGAUAUGAAUAUUGUGUUAGUUUAUAGUUUGAUAUAAAAUCUUACCAUAGCUUGAGUUCGGCCUCGUAACGCUUCCUAUGCCCGUGAAGUGUUUCAUCUACCAGCGUGUAUCAAAUGCUGUGCCUUUUUUCGUAGCUCUAGUAU